AUGCACUGUAGAGAAUAACCGUUAAUUAUCGUUAGUCGUCGAUAGAUACUUGGCGAAUGCACGUACACUAACCUAAAACCGCACGCGACUGUUCGAUCUAGCAUAAUCUAUAAAGACGUGACGUCCCUGCCCAUUUCACUCGCGAGGAUGCCCGAGCCAAGCCGAAGUUAAAUUGUACAACCGCGCACGCUCAUAAAAGUAUUUUUCGUAUAUCGUAACGUUCAGUCGCUUCAGCGAUACCGUGGAACGAGCAAAGUUCUGCCAUGCGGUAUGUUCAUUCUAUCUGCACAUAACAUAUAUAUAAAGAGAUAACACACAUGCAAUUCGUCGUGAGAUAUAAUAUGCCGCCGUCCCCGAGUGCAAUCAUCUGAGCGCAGUGUGCAAACAGGAGCGAAGAGCCAAAGCGCAGUGACAUACGCGUGCCUACGAACACACACACUGUACCGUUCUUCUAUCCAUGUGCCGCUUACUGAACUCGAUACACCGACGACCAUAAUAACGCAAAGCGGGGGCUUAUUAUAGCGUUAUAUAUUGUGUUGUCAUCGCGCGUACACGCACCGAAGAUGCCCGUGCGACUCAGCAAGUUCGCCAUCGACGGAACCUGCGCGGACUUCUCUCAUCCGUGGACGAGUUCAUGCAUCAGCUCGAACGCUGGUAUUGGUCUAGAUGCCCUCGAAGAGAGUCUGAGGAUAUAUGUGACUCUUUACUUACUUGCUUUCUUAAUGAGAAGAAAGAAACCAACAAAGGAAGACAUCAAGAAAAUUAUAUUAGACAUUUUACAAUCUACAGCAUUUCUUACAUGGAGUGGAUUUUCCUACUCAUUGUUUGUCUGUUUAUUAAGCCGACUAUUGGGACAUGUGAAUAUCUUGACUGUGUCUUAUAUUCCAUCCUUUUUAUCUAGUCUAACUGCUAUUCUUAUAGAAAGACCCUCUAGACGUCCAUUAUUGUGUCUCUAUGUAUCAAAUAUUGCGACAGAAACAUUAUUUAGAAUGGGUGUAUGGAGAGGCUACUUUUCACCUAUUCCAAAGGGGGAAGUUUACAUCUUUGCCAUGAGUGCAACUGUGUUACUGUACUUUUUCCGCUCAAAAGUGAAUAAGCAAGAUUCUAUAUAUAAGAUAUUGAGAUUAAUUAUUGGACCAUAUGAAGAAACUGAAUAUACCAUAAAAGAAGAUCCCAAAGUUUCUUUAGAAAAUACCGAGGGUGGCAUAGAGGAAAAUAAAGAUAUACAGAAAAGACGGCAAAAGAAUAAAUUUGAUAUUCUACUAAAAUCCUUUGAAACAUAUAAAUAUUUAAUAAACAUCUUGAAAACUCGUAGCAAACAUGUCUCAUGUCCACAUCCUUUCAGCUGUGCACAUUAUAUCCUAACGGGUAGUGUCAGAGCCUUCAGUUAUGGUAUUGGCGGGCAGUUAGCACUUAAACUAAUUCUUCAAUUUAAAAAGUUACUUCGUAAUCCAAAAUUAAUAAAAACUACUAUCUUUCAAAGAGAAAACUUAAAUCUGGCUAUAUUUCUUGGAGGAUAUUCUGGCCUUUUCAGGCUAGUGUCAUGCUUGUUAAGAAGAAUUUUCCGCAAGGAUUCGCAUAUUUAUGCUAUUCCUGCUGGACUUAUUGCAAGUAUAGCGUUUAUGGCAUAUCCCAAUAAUGUUAUAGCGUUAUACUUUAUGUGGAAAGCAUUACAGCUACUAUGGAAUAACGCAGUAGAAAGUGGAAAAGUACCUGAAGUAAAAUGGUUCGUGAUCUUAUUGUAUUGUCUUGGUACUGCACUUCUCUUUCAUGCAGCUUUAAUAGAACCACAAAACUUACGAUCAUCUUAUUUUAAAUUCCUGUAUAAUAUGUCUGGUGGAAGGAUAGCGGUAAUGUCCCGAAUACCGUUAGACAUGUUCGGUUUAGAAUCGAGUAAACAUCUGCAAGAAGUACUCAGAAAAAUGCAUCUAACUGGUAAAAUUAAUUAUUCGUUCUAAAAUGCUUCUGAAAAUGAUAGGUCUUAGCAACGAUACGUACCUCAGAUUAUUUUUCUCAGAAGCAUACCUUUUUACCAAACCAAAGAAGAAUAAUAUAUUAUGUGCGUCUAAAUUUCUAAAUUAUGUUAAAAUAAUCGCAAGAGUCAAUAAGAUAAAACAAAAUAUAUGUUAAAUAGUAUCCCGGGAAAAAAUGAUUAUGUAUAAACAUAUCUUUAACAGUCACAUGUAAUCAUACAUAAUUAUAUAUAUCUAUGUCAAAAAAAUGCUGUUUUACAAAUGUAACGAAUAUAAGUAAAUAUAUUUUUAUGUUAUUCUUGUAUAUAUAUCAUUAACUUAUGUUAUUAAAUUCUUAUAUUAUUGAUGAAAUAAUUCUUAUAGCAAAUUAUGAUAUCAAUGUUUAACUGAAUAUUU